GCAGACAGACUUACCAUGAAGAUGUGGAUAAAGAUGUUAGCAAUUCUGUUUAUUGCUUGUUUCCUGCAGCAAACUGCUGGAAUGAGUGUUGGAGAUUCCAGGCAAGGACCCAGAAGAGUGGUGCGAGAGGUUGCUGCACCACAACCCAUAGACUGUAAAAUGAGUGAAUGGUCCAAGUGGGGUCCUUGUGAUCCCUGCAGUAAAACUAUGCAUCGUUCCAGGGGUAUUGAGGUGUUUGGUCAGUUUGGAGGACAGAGAUGUAUAGAGCCUAUAGGAGACAAAAAACUCUGCAUUCCAAAAACUGAAUGUGAGGAAGCAUCACCACCAGUUUGCUCAGCCAGUGAAUUUCAGUGUGAUUCAGGACUGUGUAUUAAGAAAAUACUGAUGUGUAAUGGGGAUAAUGACUGCGUUGACUUUAGUGAUGAGGAGGAGUGUGAUAAGGUGCGGCUUCCAUGUAAAAAUUAUCCCGUGACUGAGUCUGACAUCGCUAUGGGUGCUGGAUAUGGGAUCAACAUUCUAGGCUCUGGUCCUCGCAUGAACCCUUUUAAUAACAAGUUUUAUAAUGGGAAGUGUGAACGUGUAAAGGAGCCGUCUACACUUAGCUACAACAGGCUUCCCUGGAACGUCGCUUCCCUCAACUAUGAGACGUUAGUGGAGGAAUCUACAUCCAGAGAGGUGUACAAAGACACUCACUCACUGCUAAACGAAAUGACCAGUGAAAUCACUUCCAAGAUUGAGAUCGGAUUAUCCUUUAAGUUCACACGUACUGACUCUAGUAGCAGUAGGAAUCUUUCGUUGACAGGUCUUUCAGCUGGAGUUAACGUGGCGAUUGAGGACGAAACAAAAAUCAAGCAGAUUACAGAUUACAGUGAAACUAAGGAAAAGUCCUUCUACAGGGUGAAGGGCAAAGUACAACUAGGCAAAUACAGGUUGAGAUCGAGAGACCUAGAAGUCUCUGAGACUUUCCUGGAUGACGUUGAUGCUCUGCCUAUUGAAUAUGAGAAGGGCCAGUAUUUUGGCUUCUUGGAGGACUAUGGAACUCAUUACACCAAGAAUGGAAAUUCAGGGGGAGAAUAUGAGCUCAUAUAUGUACUCAAUAGUAAAGUCCUCACUGAAAAGAGUGUGACAGAGACAACUCUGAAGAAUUGCUUGAAAGUUGGAAUUGAUCUUCAGUUCGAACUUAGCUCGGGGAUUUCAGUAGGUCUGGAACCUGGCAAAACUGUACCAGUGGAUAAGUGUAAAACUGUGACGCCAAACCAGACUAGUGAAAAUAAAAGUGAGCCAUUAAUUGAUAAGGUGAUCAGCUCAGUGAAAGGAGGUUCCACUAAGUCAGCAGCGGCUAUGAAGUCUCAGCUUAGUAAAGAAGGAAUACUGGACAUAAGCUCCUACGUGGAGUGGGCAAGGACACUAUCAGAUCUUCCUGCACUCAUCCACAGUGAUCCUGAGCCCAUCUACAAUGCAAUCCCACUGAAUUUUCCUGACGCCCAGCCGAAAAGGGAGAACCUGCAGAGAGCGCUGCAUGAGUACAUGGCUGAGUACAACUUGUGUAAGUGCCAGCCGUGCAGGAACGGUGGUACUGUGGCUCAGAUCGAUGGACAGUGUGUGUGCCUGUGCCCAAUGCACUAUGAAGGCAAAGCCUGCCAAAUUAUCCGUCAUGACCUAAUGAAAGAUACAGCCGCACCUGUGGAACAACAGGGGAACUGGGGCUGCUGGUCUUCCUGGAACAAGUGCAGUAAUGAACGCCACAGUCGCACUCGCAUGUGCAAAACAGAUGACAUUCCAAAAGCUACCUGCAAAGGAGACGCAGUCAGUGAGGAGCAAUGUUAAUUUAGCAUUUUGUUUUUCUUACAUGCAAACACAUGCAAAUAAAGAUGACAUUAAACAGUA